UUUAAAAUAUUAAAGCGAUGAAGAUAAUAAUACCCAAAUGAUGCUGCUGUCAGAAUUAUAAAAUGUGUUACAUCUAAGUGCUUCUAUUUUGCAUCAGCUGUUACCAAAAGGUGUUUGGUGUUUUAUUGUGAAUGUAGUGUUUGAAUAUUUUGUGUUGUUUCUUAACCGGCCGGCAUAGUUUAAGGAUUUUAUAAUAAAUAUUCAUUAAAAGUUUAAAGAAAUUUCUUGUCUCACUUAAUUAUUAACUGUUUAAUAAGUUAUUUUCUGUGCAUAUAGCGCAUUUAAAAUUUUGCAAAUCUGGAUGAAACUAAUGAAGUUAUGAUCGAGGCCGCUGAACCUUUGGAGUUUAUACCUCAGGGUCGUCUGGCUUUUGAAGAACAUCCUGGUCCUUUGGAUACUAAAAAUCAUUUACUGCUGCCUUCUGAGUACAUAUUAUUGCAACGCCUACAAAAUGUAAACAUAUCGGAACCUGAUGAACAUAAUGAGUUCUGGUGUUUGCGAGAAAUAUAUGAAGACUGUAGCGAACGAAAAGUACAAGCACGUAUAGUAAAACCACAAAAGAAACAGACGUUUAGUAAACAAAAAUUUAAACCACCUAAAAUUCCACAACCUACGCAUGAUUAUAUGUGUGAUUAUGUUAUUAAUUCAGAGGAAGAGUUGUACAUUAAAAAGCACACAGCAUUUUGGACUAGGGGGAUAUCAGAUGACGACAUUGUUUUGCCGAGAUUAUGUUUCACUUGUGAAACUCCAAUUAAGUUUGGUUUUUUUUGUAAUAAGUCAUUUAUUAUUGGAGGAAAACACAAGAAAAAUAAUGCUGAAAAUGAUAACGAAGAUGAUAUAUCUGCAGUCUGUUUGAUUGAUUCAAACUCACUACGUGUUUAUUGUAGUAAUGGAGAAGAUUUCCUAAAUAACCUAGAAUUUCCCGUUUCAAAUGUUUGGCCUACACGUUUUGGCAUACUACUCGAAAAAGUUGCUUCAAAGACAGUGGUACAAAAUAUGACCAUUGCAAUGCCACGGCUUUUCUCUCUAUCACAUCCUUUAGAUGAAAUAUGUCCAGUUUUAAACAAAACUUCUACCAAUAUAAUAAGUUAUCUUAUAGAAUCAGAUUAUAUUAUUAUAUUCUCAUCAGAAAUUAGUGAUUUACUACUUUUAUAUGAUAAUAAAAUUGGAAAACAUUUUGUUUCGCGUUUAAGAAGAGCAACAGAAGAAGAGAUCAAUGCUGUUGGUGGUCAAAAUGAGACAGGAGUAAGCGUUUUGCAUAACUUCAAUAGUAUUAAUCGUGGUGGCGUUAACAGUUAUUCACAUAACUCCAUGAAGUUUACUGGAGCUACAUCGAAAAAUAGCACAACAAAUUAUGGACGCUCUAGUCUUGCUAACUCGAACUAUUCUUCGUACAUAAGUAAAUUUUUUUCCGGUGCACUUUCAAUGAGUGGUGCUUUUGGAAAUUUGAAUCGUACAACACCGCUUAAUCAUUUACAAUCUACAAUGGGUCAACAUUCCAUUUUAAUGCAUGAUAUGCGAAAAGGCGGACAAUCGCAACCAUCUAAACCUAUUGUACCAGAACUCUGUUUAGAGCAUAUUUGGACUGAAAAUAUUUUUGGCAAUAAUCGUGAAUUCUGCGAAAUUUCUUCUAAAGCCUUUUUGCAUACUGAUCUGCUUGGAGAAACAUUUUUAUGCUAUUUACUAUCACGUUCAAGUAAAUUACAAUUAGUAAGAUUAACGAAUUACCCGAAGAAAAUUUUACAAAUAUCUACAAUGUCCACAACCAUUCCGGCUAAAGAUGCUGUUUGUUUGGAACGCAUGAAAAUGAUAGCAGUUUUGGAUCCAUCAGGUUCUUUAAUACUUUAUACUGGUGGUAUUUUAGUAUCCAAAGUGCAUGUAGGUCCUGUAAUUAUGCCACCAACAGGCACUAUAUUGACAAGCUUUAUUAAAUCACCCAACUUAUCAUUCCCAAGACGUAGCAGUCUUUUGCCGACUGUACAAAAACCAGGUGACUCUACUUUUGAUGAUGAAUUACAUUUUCUUUCACCAGUUCAUCCAUUACAACCAACUGCAACAAACCGGUGUGUUAAUGCUGUUUGUCUAGGCUUAAGAGAUCCGGUUGGUAAUCGCUUAACAUUGGUUUACCCGUCCGACAAAAUGUACCGUAUUGCGUUACCUUUAAUUAAUGAAACAAAAUUCAUAAGUCGUUGCAUUAGCGCAUUACGUCAAAUAUUGAAAAAAGAGGAAUUCUUACAGAUGAUUAUACGCUGGUAUGCUGCACGCAAUCCACCUGGUUCACGUGAUUAUACAAUUGAGCAAGAAUGGAAAGUUUUUAUGAAUCUACUUUUGGAGUUAAUGGGUUUGCUGGCUUCAAAUAAUGAUACGAGUGCUAGUACAUCGACUUCGUUUAAUGCUGAAGAACCCAAAAAACGAAAGAAAAAUGAUGAAAUCACAGAAGGCACAGAUGAAGACUGGACUUUUAUGUUGAAAAUUUUAGAUGGGAAAACUGAGAAUAACACACUCAAUAUAACAAACAAUAAUCGUAUUGAUACAAAUGCUUGUCUAUUUAAAAAAGUUCCUUCGAUAUUCUGUGGACUGCAUUUGCUUUAUGAGGAUUUUAAAUUAGAUGAAUCUCUUUAUGAUUGUUUACCAUAUUUAGCAAAGUUCUUGCAUCAAAUGGCGAUCGAUAUGGAAUUAACCACUUAUAUAUUUCAUUACACGCUUGAUUUUCCUAAACUUGCGUUUAAAACCAGUAAAGAAUUUAUAUUUACUGAGCAGCAUGCAGCGCAAAUGUUGCAUAAGGAAUUCUUAAUAGAACCAGCACCAAGUAUUUAUAUGCAAUUGGAGUACAUACUUAAAGGAAAUCUCAAAGCUGCUCGCUAUUCAUAUGUGGAUGGGAUUAAUAACUUAAGCCGAAAUAUACUACAAAUUAUAUCUCUUAUUAUGCAUGGACAUAAAAAAAGCAAGAAUUGGAUUAAACCCUUAAGUUUUUCAGAAACUGUAGAAACCAACUAUCAAAAUCAACCUAAACGCUGUAUAUUCGUUAAUGUGCCUCGGUCGGAGCAGGUUAUACAGCUGCUAAUUAUGAUGGGUAUAAAAAGAAAGGAUAUUGAACGUUUGCCGAUAGCAAUUCAUUUAAUAAUUGCUCAAUGCCUGGAAUAUUCACGCCUCAAUCCACCGAUUGGUUGUACUCCUGCAACAUACGAAUUGAUUUUGCGUUCUGAGUUAGUGGAACACGCAAAACUUAGUGCUGAUUUUGUUAAAAAAAAUUGUCAUACUUCAAAUCCCGAUAUCGAAGAUUCUCUAUCAGCACGCUGUCCGCCUUCUAGAAGUGGUAUUGCUAAAAUGGAAGCUAUUCUCGACGAUGGCAUGGAUAAUAUUGAUACAAAAUUAUUAAGCUUAAGAUUUCCCGAUGAUAUGCGUAUUGCAGAGGUUCGUCGUCUAUUAACCUCAUCAGAAUCGGUGUUAAUUGAUAUAACGCAAUCACCAGGCACAUCCGAUCAUGAUUUUAUUGAAGAGCAAGAAAAGCAAUUAUUUGCUAUGUGCACACGUACGAUGACUUUGCCAAUGGGUCGAGGCAUGUUUACUUUGCGUACAUCGAUGCCAACACCAACUGAGUCAAUGCCAAUACCUAAACUAUGCUUAACUGGCAAGGAACCAAUCAAAGGUGCAACCAUAGAAAUGCAACAAAUUGAGUUUCCCGCAAAUAUGAGUUUAUGGCCAACAUUUCAUAAUGGUGUAGCAGCAGGAUUAAAAAUAUCACCAAACGCACGCGAUGUUGACUCAACUUGGAUAGUAUAUAAUAAACCGAAAGGACAAACUGAUAUCUCAACUGAACAUGCCGGUUUUUUAAUGGCACUCGGCUUAAAUGGCCACUUAAAAACUUUAUCAUUUAUGAGCGUUUAUGAAUAUUUGGUAAAGUGUGAUGAAAUGACAAGUAUUGGUUUACUGUUGGGUAUAUCUGCUACGCAUAGAGGUACUAUGGACAAUACAACUACCAAACUAUUGAGUGUGCAUAUUGAAGCGCUAUUGCCGGCAACGGCUUUAGAAUUGGAUAUACCACAAAAUAUACAAGUAGCUUCCUUGAUGGGUAUUGGUCUAGUAUAUCAGAGUACUGCAAAACGUCAUAUAGCAGAGGUAUUGCUGCAGGAAGUAGGUCGACCUCCGGGACCAGAAAUGGAAAACAGUAUUGAACGUGAAUCAUAUGCGCUAACUGCAGGCUUAGCUUUGGGUUUAGUUACUUUGGGGCAAGGUGAAUCACCAGCUGGUCUACGUGAUCUACAAUUGCCGGACACUUUACAUUAUUAUAUGGUGGGUGGCAAUAAACGUAACUUAACUGGUUCGCAGAAAGAAAAGUACAAAUUACCAUCAUUUCAAGUGCGUGAGGGUGAUAAUGUGAAUAUAGAUGUAACUGCACCCGGUGCUACGUUAGCGUUAGGUUUAAUGUUCUUUAACACAAAUAAUCGUGCUGUAGCAGAAUGGAUGGAUCCGCCAAACACACGCUACCUAUUAGAUUUAGUGCGGCCCGAUUUGUUAUUACUGCGUACAAUAGCCAGAGGUCUUAUACUUUGGUCUAAUAUUGAACCAAGUGAGAAUUGGCUAUUUAAUCAAUUUCCUGAAAAUUUAAGAUUUGAUAUAAUGCGAGGUGCUACUGUUAAAGAUAGUGAAGAUAUAGAUCAUGAAGCAAUCACUCAAGCUUACUGCAACAUAAUAGCUGGUGCAGCGUUUUGCAUUGGUAUUAAAUAUGCAGGCACAGAAAAUCAGGAAGCAUUCAAAACCUUACGUAUGGCAAUCAAAAUGUUCUUAGGUUUUCCUGGCAAAUAUAUUGGAGAGUUUGCUGGACGCACAACAAUUGAAACUAGUCUUAUGUUAAUAUUAGUUUCAAUAUCAUUGGUUUUUGCGGGUUCAGGAGAUUUGGAAAUACUGCGAAUAAUACGUUAUUUGCGUUCACGUAUCGGUCCUCAGCACUCACAAGUCACUUAUGGUUCACACUUGGCUAUACAUAUGUCAUUAGGCUUAUUGUUUUUGGGUGCAGGUCGUUUUACCAUAGCUAAAACUCCGGAAGCCGUAGCGGCAUUAGUGUGUGCAUUUUUUCCCAAAUUUCCAAAUCAUAGUAAUGACAAUAGAUAUCAUCUACAAGCUUUUCGUCAUUUAUAUGUUUUGGCUGUAGAACCACGUCUUUUUUUGCCACGAGAUAUUGACACAAAAAAAUUGUGCCUUUGCAGUAUUUCUGUGCUUGAAGUUGGUUCUAAAGAAUUAAAACGUAUACCAAUGGCACCAUGUAUGUUGCCUAACUUAGAUACUUUGCAAAAAGUUAUAGUUGACGAUCCAAAUUAUUGGCCAGUAUGUUUUGAGAAAAAUCGCAACUGGCAGCAAUUAAUAAACGCUUUAAAGAACUCGGCAUGCAUUGAUAUUAAGAAACGCUCUGGUUGCCUAUCGCAUCUCGAAGAUCCAGAUCGUUUAAAAAGUCUUUUUGCACAAACACUUACUACUGAACAAUAUAAUUGUUGGGAAAUUGAUACAAAAACAUUGGAACGUUUCUCAAAUGAAUCAUAUGUCAUUGCGUUUACUGAUCGUUUUCUACAUAUGGACAAGGAUAGUGUGAAUGAUAUUGAAUAUCAGAAAAAACAACAAUUGACUUUAUUAUUUUAUAACGCUGUUAUUAGGGAUAAAAUGCAUGUAUUACCCAUAUAUCUAGCUAUUUUUGAUCACAUUUGUCGUAUCAAAAAAUUACCUUCAUCAAUUGAUGUUUGGCAAAUAAAACUAAUAGAUACUUAUAUCGAUCAUUAUCAGAAAGAUCAUAUAUUAUUUUCAAAGGAAUUAGUCAACUCUAAUUUAGAAAGAUUGAAAUUAUAUUUUGAAAAUUCUCUGCAUGAACUGAAUGUAUACUUAAAACUCUUUGUUUCUACUUCAAGCUUUGAUGCUAGCAUCUUGGCAGACCUUAGCACUGCAGAUAUGGCACGAUUGAUGGCGAUUAUAAAUUAUUAUAACUUAACACCGAAUGUUGUAGAGCACCUUAACAUUUCUAAUACCAUUUGCUACGAGGGUUAUCUUUAUGAGUUGGCAAAAAAUAAGUUGGAGCCACGCACAAUAUUUUCUUUAAUUAAGAUAUUAUUACAAAAUAGUGAUUAAUUUAAAAAGUCACUGUCUUUUUUUUUUUAGAUUGAAGUGUUAUUGUUAACUUAAACGUUUUCUAGAUUUCUAUUAUAUGAACUCAUUAUAUAUCUUUCUUUAUAUAAUAUCAUUCACCAAUGUGUUGUGGUAUUUAGAUACAUAAGCAUAGU